AUGGAGUCCCUCUUCCCUGCCCCGUUCUGGGAGGUCCUCUAUGGCAGCCACCUGCAGGGCAACCUGUCCCUCCUGAGCCCCAACCGCAGCCUGCUGCCCCCCCACCUGCUGCUCAACGCCAGCCACGGCGCCUUCCUGCCCCUCGGGCUCAAGGUCACCAUCAUGGGGCUCUACCUGGCCGUGUGUGUCGGGGGGCUGCUGGGGAACUGCCUCGUCAUGUAUGUCAUCCUCAGACACACCAAGAUGAAGACAGCUACCAACACCUACAUCUUUAACCUGGCCCUGGCGGACACCCUGGUGCUGCUCACCCUGCCCUUCCAGGGCACGGAUGUCCUCCUGGGCUUCUGGCCAUUUGGGAACGCCCUGUGCAAGACAGUCAUUGCCAUCGACUAUUACAACAUGUUCACUAGCACCUUCACGCUGACUGCCAUGAGUGUGGACCGCUACGUGGCCAUCUGCCACCCCAUCCGUGCCCUCGAUGUCCGGACAUCCAACAAGGCCCAGGCUGUCAACGUGGCCAUCUGGGCCCUGGCCUCCGUUGUCGGCGUUCCUGUUGCCAUCAUGGGCUCGGCACAGGUGGAGGAUGAAGAGAUUGAGUGUCUGGUGGAGAUCCCCACCCCACAGGACUACUGGGGCCCUGUGUUUGCCAUCUGCAUCUUCCUCUUCUCCUUCAUUGUCCCUGUGCUCAUCAUCUCCAUCUGCUAUAGCCUCAUGAUCCGGCGGCUGCGCGGCGUCCGCCUGCUCUCUGGCUCCCGCGAGAAGGACCGGAACCUGCGGCGCAUCACGCGGCUGGUGCUGGUGGUGGUGGCUGUGUUUGUGGGCUGCUGGACACCUGUCCAGGUCUUUGUGCUGGUCCAAGGGCUGGGCGUGCAGCCGGGCAGUGAGACCGCGGUGGCUAUCCUGCGUUUCUGCACCGCGCUCGGCUAUGUCAACAGCUGCCUCAACCCCAUCCUCUAUGCCUUCCUGGAUGAGAACUUCAAGGCCUGCUUCCGCAAGUUCUGCUGCACCUCUGCCCUGCGCCGGGAGAUGCAGAUGUCUGACCGCGUGCGCAGCAUUGCCAAGGAUGUGGCCCUCGCCUGCAAGACCUCUGAGACAGUGCCGCGGCCUGCAUGA